AUGCAUUUAGAUCGUAUAUUACGUAUUAUAAAUUAUCCAUUAAUUAAAAUGUUAUUAAAUGAUAACGAUGAUAAUAUUGGCUAUAUUGAUAAGAUGAAAAAAUCUGAAUUGAAAAAAUUAAAAUAUAAUGAUGAUAAUGAUGAACAACGACAUUAUCAAAGAUUUCGAAAUGUACAAUUCUUAUUACAAACAUUUAUAUUUAUAUUCUGGUUUAUACGUGGUUUUACUGUUUUAUUUCUUGAUGAUGGUUCAAUAACAGCCACAAUAUUAGGAUCAAUAUUUAAUUUACUUAAAAUUGUUCGUAUAUAUCCAGAAUUGGUUGCAUUUCAUUUUGCAAUCAAAGAUUUUCUAUGUCAUUUUAUUAUCUUUGGUAAUUAUAAACGUUAUCGUUUUUAUCAAUAUAUUAUUGCAUAUUGUCAUCAGAUUUAUAAUCCACAUUUAAAUGAUGAACAAAAUAUUAUUUUACUUAGCGAAAGAAAAUUAUCACCAAAAACAAUAUUCAAUCUUGAUCAAAAAGAAUUAUCAAGAAUAAUUUUAUUUAUUAAACAACGUUUUCAUGGACAUUGUCAUAUUGUUUUUGGUACAUCAAUAUUGGUUGGCUUAACAGGAAUUUAUUUUAUCCUUGUUUCUGUGCAAUAUGGUCAUAUUAUGGUUUUAUGUGGACAAGCAAAAUCAUUUAAAAAUGAAUUACAAAUCAAAAAUCUUAACAGAAGAUUUUUAACACAUCGAUUACGUUCACAUUUAUCCGAUCAAUCGGAUUUAUUUGAUGAAAUUCGUAUGUUAAAUGAAUUUUGGUGUUCAUAUUUAUCGAUUACAAUAACUGUUUAUAUUGUAUUAAGUUGUCUAUCACUUUAUAUUAUAACAUUUACUAAUGUAUUAUUAUCGAUGAAAAUAUUUUUCACCGUUAUAUUUAUACAACCUGUUACAAUAAUAUUAUUAUUAACAAUAACAUCGGCUAAUCUUUGUUUUCAAAUAUUUCGUUUAAAUAAACGUUAUUAUUCAAUACUUGCAAUGCGGCAGAAUAAUUCUGGUGGACGACAAAAUUUGCGAUUAAAAUUUAAGGUAAUGUCAACAUUAGAAUUAAUCAAUAGUAAUACAAUAGGAUUUACAUUGAAUAAUCAAAAAAUAAUUGAUUAUAAAGCAAUUGGAAUGGUCAUUGCAAAUACAACAACAUUAUUCGUUUUGGUUGGACAAAAUCUACGAAACAAUUAAAUUUGGUAAUUGGGAUGCCGAUGAAUUUGAAAACCUGGAUAAAUUUUCCAACACUUUUCCUUUUUUGAUUAAA